CCCUGGAUGUUCUGUGCGUUUUGGCCUGGGGAGGGGUCUCCUGCUCUUGCAGGGUGUUCCUCUGGCCUGGGUCCGGCUGUAUUGGUCCGUAGCCACUGUGGCUCAAGUCAGUUCGGCUCGAGCAUCUGUUUUUUUAUUGCGAAGAGGCGACUCAUUUGUAACCCUCACGGUGUGCACAGUGUGCACUCCUCACGAGAUGUCGAAGGUCGCUUCUGCGCUGUGUGUCGCCACUGCUUUGGCCGCUGAUCCUAUUGUUGGAGGCUAUGGCGCUUUCAAGUACCAGUACAUGCCAGAUCUUCUGCAGCCUCCUGCUGGCGCCAACUACGUGAACUGCCACGGUCUGGUCACCGACGGAGACAACAACAUCUACCUGACGUACGAGAACGAUGGAAAAACUGACCUGAACUGUUUGAUUCGGUGGAGACCUGACGGCACGGGCGGAGAGUUCAUGACUGGCGGUGGCUCCGAGCUAUGCUCGGGCACCCCUCAUGGUCUUCAGCUCGCCGUCGAACAGGGCGUUCCCUACCUCUACCAUGCCAACAAUGACCAGAAAUUGACUAAAACACUCCUCGAUGGUACCAUCGUGUGGCAGGUCAAGGGCAAUUUCGGCCAGGAUCCCAAGCUGCCGUAUCGUCCCACGUGGUUCGCUGUUGUUCCAGACAGUGAGUUCGUUUACCUUUGCGACGGUUAUGGCAGCAAUAAUGUGUAUGUCUUCAGUAUUAACGGCACAUUCAUGAAUACGACCUACGGUGGCAAGGGCGGUCGGGACCAGCACGGCAGAUUUUCAACGAACCAUGGCUGCACGUGGGAUCCUCGCCACCAGCAGAUUGGCGUAAGCGACCGCGCCAACAGUCGCGUUGAGUACUACGAGGUCGACCCCAAGUCCCCUGACAAAUUCGAGUACAAGUCUACGGUUGACUUGCGCCCGUCUAUGGGCGCAGGCGCUCUGCCAUGCAACAUCCGCACCUAUCCAGAACAGGAGGGCCGAGCCAUAGUUCCCGACCUUUCUGGCCCAGUGUCUGUCCUGGACAGGGGCGACAAGGUGAUCUCCGUUGUGAAUGUCUCGCAGCUCCUCGCUGAGGAGGGGACCAAACACCCACACGAUGCAAUCUUCCUCCCUAACGGGGACAUGGUGGUCGGCGCAUGGGCCCCAGGCCGUCUCAGUUAUUGGAAGAGGCUCCCUGUCGAGUCUGUCGUAGUUUGAGGUGUUCGGCAGGACUUGUCUCCAAUGAGGUUUUGUUUAAUAGGUUCUUAAUGCCCAAUGAGGCUUGCCUAAGGGCAAUGCCAAGCAAUGCCAAGCAAUGCCAAGCAGUGCCAAGCGAAACGCCCAGCGGUGCGCCGAUGCAAUAGGCGUUCCCCUAAUUGAGGGUCGCGCCAUGUUCAUUUGUUUUUGAAGACCCAGUGGGAGCUGGGCCUGCGCCGACUGGCCAAUGCAUUUCGAUGCAAAGCAAAGCGAACCAGUGCCACUCAAAGGCACUCAAUGCCAAGCAGUGCCAAACAAUGCCACUCAAUCUGCCCAGCACUAUACGAAACAAUGCCAAGCAAUGCCAGGCAGUGCCAGGCAGUGCUGCGCAAUGCCAGGCAGCGCCAGACGACGCCACGUAGUGUGCCCACGCAGUAUGAUGAUGAUGCUUGCCCCUGAUUGGGGUCACUCCUGGCUCAUUUCGUUGCUUGUCCGCGCAUCUUUUUUUUUUGGUGCAGACUUGGAGGUGUGCGCGUGUUUACCGAUCUCUGCCCAAUCGUGAGCGCCCUCAGCCGCGUUGGCGCCAGCGUCGACGGCGUUGCGAUGCGGGACCUGUGGCGAUGGAUCUGGGACGGACUCCCCGCCUGGCCACAGGUGUGAUCAUAAAGUCUGCGUCAAAAGCCAUCCCACACGCCGCCAGACUUUGACGAGC